AUGCCUGACGCUCAGCUUGCUGGUCCUACUCCGGCCCCCGUCCCGGGAGACUGGUACUACGGUCUCGAGCGACGACAAGAUCCUCAGCAAGGCGGGGACAACAACAACGGUGGUAACAACAACGGGGGCAACAACGCCGGAAACAACAACAACAACAACGGCAACCAGAACCAGAACGGUGGUGACAACAACAACCAGAACGGCGGCAACAACGGCCAGAAUGGUGGAAACAACAACCAGAACGGCGGAAACAACAACGGAGGGAACGCCAACAACGACAACAACAACAACGGCGGAAACAACAACAACCAGAACCAGAACGGAGGGAACAACAACCAGAACGGAGGGAACAACAACCAGAACGGAGGGAGUGCCAACGGCAACCAAGCGAGCAAUGGCGGCAACAACGGCGGCAACAACAACAACCGCCCGACAACGACCGGUAACUCGACCUCCUUAAAGAUUCCCCAGUCAGCUCCGGCAGGCAGCAUUGUCAUGAUCCAGCCCGCGUCGUCGGCGAGCCAGAGCUACUACAAGAUUGCGUCUGGGGAGGACAUCACGUUCAAGUGGAACUUCACGAACGUGCUCGCGACGCCCGAGUCGAUCACGGUCGUAGCCUACUGCGCGGACAACAAUGUCGAGUACAAGGUCGGCCCGACCGACGGCUCGUCCAACACCCUGCCCGGCAAGGCGACGCAGGUUGUCUGGAACCCGUACGAGUGGCAGCUGCAGCCCGGCCAGACUCCCUUCCAGCAGGCGACGUACACGCUCAAGAUCUUCGAUGAGCGCGGAACCGGUGUAGCCCUCAAGGCUGGAUACCUCACACCGUACACGGGAACCAAGUUCGGCAUGUACAAGCCCCAAGCUUACACGCCUUUCGCUGACUUCAUUGUUACGGAAGGUGGUGCGAGCACUCCUCGCGAGGAGAGAAGGAGGGAUCGAUUGGCCUUGAGACGAGGCCCGAGGAUAGACGAGGCCGAGGACGCCUACACCGACCACAACUCUGAGGCAUGCUGUGAAGUGUUUUCGGGCGUGGUCUCUCAGCAAUCGGCACACUCGGCUCAGCAUUCCUACGUGCCUUGGGCGGAGAAUUGCACGCGCUCCCAACCGCAAACGACAACCUGGGAAUACUCACGUGACUGCCCCAGGUCCAUGGUUCGUAACGAGGCUGAAGAGAUCAAGAGCAAUCUAAUCGCAAAGGCACAAGAGGACCAGCUGACCAGUGCUGAGCCCGGACGAGUGGUGUGCCGUGGUCGGAUCCGGCACGCGACCAUGCUGAUCAUAGGUGCGGAGGUCGGCCGAGGUCGAUCACGGCUAAGGCGAUCCUCGAAAUCGCGCAUCGCGAGACCCGAAGGAGAAGAAUUCGCCGCAGGAUCCUUGAUCCGCUUAGAUCUCGCUUCAGCCUGCCUGUCCUUAGAUCCGACAUCGGAUCCUGGAUCAGGACGCUGA